AUGGGAGCUUAAUGUUGUACAUUACCAACAAAAUUAACAGUUCAUGAAAUAGAUAUUGACAGUUAAAAAUUAAGAGGAAGUGUUCACACUCACACUAAACGAUCUGUAAUUAAGAAAGAUUAGAAAAGUGAUGAAGAAAUAUUAAAUAAUUAAAAAGAAAACUAUGAGGAUUUCGAAAUUCUUGCUUCAGGUUCGAUAGAUUUAAAAUAGAAUUAAGAUAAGAGUUCUUAUUUAAAUAAAUUAUUUUAGAAUGAAGAAAGCUAGAUAGAAUCAAGUAUAACAGUAUUAUUGAUUUAUCAAAAUAGCAAUUCCAAGAAGUAAAUUUUAAAGAAAGAUAACAAAUUCAUCAGUUGGUUCUAUGAAAUUGGGAGCAGAAGUGUUUGUGAAUCUUAAAUCAGGCAGUAUUCAUAAAUAUUAUGAAACUGGAGAAAUAUUAGGAUAAGGUGCAUAUGGAAAGGUUUGGAAAGUAACACAUAGGAAUACUGGUAAAAUUAAAGUUAUAUAAUUUCAGGUAUGAUAAGAGCGAUGAAAGAACUUAAAAAAAAAUCAAUAAUUAUUGAAGAAUAAUAGAGAUUAUUUGCUGAAAUGAAUAUUUUAAAAAAUUUGGAUCAUCCUCAUAUCGUUAAACUAUAUGAAUUGUAUUAAGAUUAAAAUAAUUAUUAUCUAAUUACAGAAUAUUUAUCAGGUGGGGAAUUGUUCGAUAGAAUAAAAGAAUUUAAUUAUUUUAGCGAAAGAAAAGCAGCUGAAUUAAUGAGAUAAAUAUUAUCAGCAGUUGUUUAUUGCCAUUAAAGAAGUAUUGUACAUAGAGAUCUAAAACCAGAAAAUGUUUUGUUUGUUAAUGAUUCUUAAUUAUCCCCUUUAAAGAUUAUUGAUUUUGGUACAUCUAGAAAAUAUGAUCAAAAUUAAAAAAUGACUAAAAAAUUAGGAACUGUAUUCCUAUAUAAUCAAUUAGGCUUAUUACAUCGCUCCUGAAGUAUUAAAGUAAGAAUACAAUGAAAAAUGCGAUGUUUGGUCUUGUGGAAUUAUUCUAUACAUUCUUUUAUGUGGAUAUCCUCCAUUUACAGGUAAAAAUGAAGAAGAAAUUAUGCAAAAAGUAUGUGAAGGAGAAUUAAUUUUUGAGUGUAAGAUUUGAUCUUCGAAAUUAGAUUAGAAGAAGAUUGGGAAAUGAUAUCCACAGAUGUUAAAGAUCUUAUAACAAAUAUGUUACAAGUAGACCCUAACAAGAGAUAUUCGGCAUUGUAAGCAUUAUCAGAUCCAUGGAUCAAAAAGAACUAAUCUAGUACUAAAGUUAAUAAAUCAGCCUUAUAAAAUUUGUAAAAAUUUUAAGUAUUUUCUAAAUCUUAUUAAGGCUUAAUCAGUAUUUACUUAAGCUGUUCUUGCUUUUAUAGCUUGCUAAAUGACUUCAUAAUAGGAAUAGGAUGAAUUAGCCAAAUCUUUUUAAUUUUUAGAUAAAAAUGGUGAUGGAAUUUUAUCAAGAGAGGAAUUGAUUGAAGGUUACAUUUCUGUUUGUAAAAAUAAACAAUAAGCUAUGUAAGAAGUUGAUAAAAUUUUAUCAAUUGUAGAUAUAAAUUAGAGUGGUUAAGUAGAUUUUUCUGGUAAUAUAAAUGAUUUUAUUUUCUUAGAAUUUUUAAUGGCAGCUAUGAAUUAGGAAAAAUUGGUUUCUUUAGAAAAAGUAAAAGCUGCUUUCAAAAUUUUUGAUGCUAAUGAAGAUGGAAAAAUAUCAAAAAAUGAACUUGAAAUGAUGAUUGGAACAAUUGAAGAUGAUAUUUGGUAAUAAAUUCUUUUGGAAUGUGGAGCAUAAGGAGAAAUUACGGAAAAGCAGUUUAUAAAUAUUCUUCAACAUUAAAAACACUGA